AUGACCACCUUCCUCGACCUCCCCCUCCCCAUCCGAGAGCAAAUCUACCGCCACGUCCUCGUAAUGGUGCGCAUAUUCGUCCGCCCCUUCAUCUCAAUGGACUAUCUCUUCGACGCCAAUCGCGUCAAAAACUACGGCAUCCCCACGCUCGCCCUGCUCUCCGUCUGCAAGCAAGUUCACCAAGAAGCCACCCCCAUCUACCUCCGCGAAAACACCUUCUCAAUCGUACACAUCGACCUCCUCGCCGCGGCCUGCCGCCAGUCGCCACACAUCGCCCAGAACUUGAAGUCCAUUCGCCACGUCGAACUCGUCUUCGAUAGUCGCGAUUAUAUCUACCUCGCGCAGUUCGUGGCCGAGCAGCUUCCCAUCGUCUCUCCGGCCAUUGACGCCCUGUCCCCAAGCUAUCAGAAAGUGACCGUCCUUCGCGCUCUGGACGCCAUGCAUCUCGACUUCCCUCCCUCGGAGGGGCUUCUCCAGCGUUCGUCGCGCGCGAGCAGUACUUCUGUGUUCGUCGAAACGGAAAUGGAAGUGGGAAUGGAAAGCGCCCCGUCGGCAUUGCAUGAUCGUCACAUCGAGAACAUGAAAGAAUAUCUAUGGGGCCGAACGCUAACGUUCGUGCGGAAGACGUUCCGACUAGCCACGCUGCAAGUCGAUCUCCGGCAUUGUACGUGCGUCGAGGGGUGCUGUCGUCUGGCGGACGAGGUGCUGCGUUGGGGAUGGUUUCAUGUCUGGGCGAAUGGUAUGCCGGCGCAGGUGCUGGUUCGGGGAGCUUCUCCCGGUGAGAAGGAGGUCAUUGCGAAGAUCUUUGACAGGCAGAGGUUUCAGUCUGGGUUGCGGAAGGAGGAGGUUUAUGAAGAAGGGAGGGUGCUGGAUGGGAGGGAUCUGGAUGGGUAUGCGAGUGUGAUGAGAGGAGUUUUGCAUAGGGGGAAGGGGGAAGACGGGUUGUGA